AACGCACACUGACAUGGCCGCGCCCAUUUUGCGGCUCUUGAAGCGUCGAGCGUCUUACGGGGCAUCUGUUUUAAACGUUCACUCGCUGCGAUCGCGAAGUUUAUUGCGAUCGGAAUACAUCGUUCGAAUUUCGAGAUGCAUGUGUUUAUACAGCGACCCGGCGAAAGCUCAGCAAGAGUACGACGUAGUCAUCGUCGGCGGCGGCAUUGUCGGAGUGGCGACAGCGAGGGAACUCUCCUUGCGGCAUCCGAAGCUCAAGCUGGCCAUCGUGGAAAAAGAAAACAAACUUGCUGCUCAUCAGAGUGGACACAACAGUGGAGUCAUCCAUGCCGGCAUUUAUUACGCUCCCGGAUCGCUGAAAGCAAAACUGUGCGUGCGAGGACUGGAGAAGUCGUACAAGUACUUCGAUGAGCGCAACAUACCGUACAAGAAAUGUGGAAAGCUUAUUGUGGCCGUUGAACCCGAGGAAAUUCCACGACUGAACGCCUUGGAAGAGAGGGCCAUCAAGAAUGGAGUGAGAGACUUGAAGAGGUUGGAUUCUAAAGAAAUAAAGAGCGUGGAGCCAAACUGCACAGGCUUGCAGGCACUCUGGUCUCCGCACACGGGUAUCGUAGACUGGGGUGAGGUGACGCAGUCAUACGGUCGGGACUUCCUGAGCCAAGGGGGAGACAUCAUCCUGAAUUUCCCUGUCCGCGCAAUCGAGACCGUGGCCGAGAGCCGGUCCAAGACGGGGGGCCUCACACAUCCUGUGAGAGUGGUCAGCGACAAGAAGGCAGUCUGCUGUCGCUACAUUGUCACCUGCGGCGGUCUCUACUCGGACAAACUGGCAGCACUCUCCGGUUGCGAUCCGGAACCCAAGAUCGUUCCAUUCCGUGGAGAGUACCUUCUCCUAAAGCCAGAAAAGGCAGACUUGGUGCGAGGAAACAUCUACCCGGUUCCAGACCCACGUUUUCCUUUCCUCGGUGUGCACUACACGCCUAGGAUGGACGGCAGCGUCCUUCUUGGGCCAAAUGCCGUGCUCGCGUUCCGAAGAGAGGGCUAUGGCUACUUCGACAUCAACGUGCCCGAGCUUGUGGACGCCCUGGCGUUCAGGGGUUUCCGCAAGCUGGUUGGUCGGAACAUGUCCUACGCCUGGAAGGAGCUCUAUCGAGGCGUGUACAUCCGAGCUCAGGUGAAACAGCUCCAGAAGUACAUCCCACAGCUCCAGUUUUCAGAUGUCUCACGGGGUCCCUCUGGUGUGAGAGCUCAAGCCCUGGACCGCGAGGGGCAUCUAGUCGACGACUUUGUCUUUGACAGCGGCGAAGGCGAACUUGCCAAACGCACUUUACACGUUCGGAACGCUCCUUCACCAGCCGCCACAUCAUCUCUCGCCAUUGCUGAAAUGAUUGCGGACAAAGUGCAAGAGACAUUCCAACUCUGACGAGUUCAUCGACACCAAUGCCGUGAGAGUCUGUGACACUUCAUAUCAUCUGCUGUCUACUGAUUGCUCAGGUGGUAUUCUGGGCUUGUGCGAAUAUUUGAACACUUAUAAUAUUCAAACUAAUAGUGCAGCAUUUGCUUCAAUUCUAAUUUAAAUUGUUAAAAAUUGUAGAGUAUACGAAAUAAUAAAUAGAUGUACAUUAAUCCUCGUGA